AUGAAGCUUUUGGUACUUGGUGUUUUUCUGUUUUUCUGUAGUUCCCCAGCCUGGACAAAAGAUAAGCACUAUUACCUUGGAAUUAUUGAAACAACUUGGAACUAUAACUCCGACCGUGGGGAAAAGAAACUUGUUUCAGUUGACACAGAGCAUUUCAAUUUCUAUCUUCAAAACGGCCCAGACCGAAUUGGAAGAACAUACAAAAAGGCCCUUUAUAAUCAGUACACAGACGGAACCUUUAAGACAACCGUAGAAAAGCCAGCCUGGCUCGGGUUUUUAGGCCCUAUCAUCAAAGCUGAAGUUGGAGAUAAAGUUUAUGUACACUUGAAAAACUUUGCCUCUAGGCCUUACACUUUCCAUGCACAUGGAUUAACUUACUAUAAGGAGCAUGAGGGGGCCAUCUACCCUGAUAACACCACCAACCUUCAAAGAGCAGAUGACAAAGUGCUUCCAGGAGAGACCUACACGUACAUGGUGCUUGCCACGGAGAACCACAGCCCUGGGGAAGGUGACGGCAACUGCGUGACGCGGAUCUACCAUUCCCACAUCGAUGCUCCGAAAGACAUUGCCUCGGGGCUCAUCGGACCUUUAAUAGUCUGUAAAAAAGAUUCUCUAGAUAAGGAGAAAGAAAAGAACAUCGAUCAAGAAUUUGUGGUGAUGUUUUCUGUGGUGGAUGAAAACCUGAGCUGGUACCUAGAAGACAACAUUAAAGCUUACUGCUCGGAGCCAGACCGAGUGGACAGAGACAAUGAGGAAUUCCAGGAGAGCAACAGGAUGUACUCUGUGAAUGGAUACACUUUUGGAAGUCUGCCAGGACUCUCCAUGUGUGCAGAAGACAGAGUAAAAUGGUACCUUUUUGGUAUGGGUAAUGAAAUCGAUGUGCAUUCGGCUUACUUCCAUGGGCAAGCACUGACCAACAAGAACUACCGUGUGGACACAAUCCAUCUCUUCCCUGCUAUGCUGUUUGAUGCUUUUAUGGUGGCCCAGAACCCUGGAGAAUGGUUGCUGAGCUGCCAGAACCUAAACCAUCUGAAAGCCGGUUUGCAGGCCUUUUUCCAGGUUCAUAACUGUAGGGAGCCCUCCUCCGAAGACAACAUCCGGGGGAAACACGUGAGACACUACUACAUUGCUGCUGAGGAAAUCAUCUGGAAUUACGCUCCCUCCGGUAUAGAUAUCUUCACCAAAGAAAAUUUAACAGCUCCUGAAAGUGACUCAAGGGUAUUUUUUGAACAAGGUUCUACAAGAAUUGGUGGCUCUUAUAAAAAGCUGGUUUACCGUGAGUACACAGAUGUGACCUUCACAAAGCAAAAGGAAAGAGGCCCAGAGGAGGAACAUCUUGGCAUCCUGGGUCCCAUCAUUUGGGCAGAAGUGGGAGACACCAUCAAAGUCACCUUCUAUAACAAAGGACCAUACCCCCUCAGUAUUGAGCCAACUGGGGUGAGAUUCAGCAAGGACAAUGAGGGCAUGUUCUAUGCGCAACACUACAAUCCCCCGACGGAAAGUCCACCUCCUCAUCCAGCCUCCCAUGUGGCACCUAAGGAAACCUUUACCUAUGAAUGGACUGUCCCCCAGGAAGUGGGACCCACUUAUGCAGAUCCCGUGUGCCUGUCUAGGAUGUAUUAUUCUGCUGUGGAUCCCACGAAAGAUAUAUUCACUGGGCUUAUCGGGCCAAUGAAAAUAUGCAAGAAAGGAAGUUUACAUGCAAAUGGGAGACAGAAAGAUGUAGACAAGGAGUUCUAUUUGUUUCCCACUGUAUUUGAUGAGAACGAGAGUUUGCUCCUGGAUGAUAAUAUUAGAAUGUUUACAACUGCACCUGAUCAGGUGGAUAAAGAAGAUGCAGACUUCCAGGAAUCCAAUAAGAUGCACUCGAUUAAUGGAUUCAUGUAUGGGAAUCUGCCUGGUCUCAAUAUGUGCCUAGGAGACUCAGUCGUGUGGUACGUAUUCAGUGCUGGAAAUGAGGCCGACGUACAUGGGAUCUACUUUUCAGGAAACACAUUUCUGUCAAAAGGAGAAAGAAGAGACACAGCCAAUCUCUUCCCACAAACGAGUCUGACACUUCUCAUGCAGCCUGACUCGGCAGGGACCUUUGACGUCGAGUGCCUUACGACCGACCACUACACAGGUGGCAUGAAGCAGAAAUACACUGUGAGCAGCUGCACACAGCAGCCCGAGGAUCUCACCGGCUACCUGAAUGAAAGAACCUACUACGUGGCAGCCCUGGAGGUGGAAUGGGAUUAUUCGCCACACAGGGCAUGGGAGAAGGAGCUGCAUCACUUACAAGAGCUAAAUGUUUCCAAUGCAUUUCUAGAUAAGGGGGAGUUUUACAUAGGCUCUAAGUACAAGAAAGCUGUGUACCGGCAAUACACCGAUAGCACCUUCCGAGUCCCAGUGGAGAGAAAACCUGAGGAAGAGCACCUGGGGAUUCUAGGCCCACAGCUUCAUGCAGAUGUUGGAGACAAAGUCAAGAUUGUCUUUAAAAACAUGGCAACAAGACCCUACUCCAUACAUGCCCACGGGGUGAAAACAGAGAGCCCCCUGGUGACUCCGACACUGCCAGGUGAAAUUCGCACUUAUAUAUGGAAAAUCCCAGAAAGAUCUGGAGCUGGCACAGAGGAUUCGCCCUGUAUCCCAUGGGUUUACUACUCCACUGUGGACCAAGUUAAGGAUCUCUACAGCGGAUUGAUUGGCCCACUGAUCGUCUGUCGGAGACACUACCUGAAAGUAUUCAAUCCCAUAAAGAAACUGGAAUUCUCCCUUCUGUUUCUAGUAUUUGAUGAGAAUGAAUCUUGGUACUUAGAUGACAACAUCAAAACAUACUCUGAUCACCCCGAGAGAGUAAAAAAAGAUGACGAAGAAUUCAUAGAAAGCAAUAAAAUGCAUGCUAUUAAUGGGAGAAUGUUCGGAAACCUGCGAGGCCUCACAAUGCACGUGGGAGAUGAGGUCAACUGGUACCUGAUGGGGAUGGGCAAUGAGAUAGAUCUGCAUACGGUGCACUUUCACGGCCACAGCUUCCAUUACAAGCACAGGGGCAUUUAUAGUUCUGAUGUCUUUGACAUUUUCCCUGGGACGUACCAAACCCUAGAAAUGUCUCCCCAAACGCCUGGAAUCUGGUUACUCCACUGCCAUGUGACCGACCACAUUCAUGCUGGGAUGGAAACCACGUAUGCCGUUCUACCCAACGAAGAAACCAAGUCUGGCUGAAAGAAAUAAUUUGGUGAUAAGUGGAAAAAUUUUAAAAAAAGAUUCAUAACAAUGUAUGUGAACAUGUUAAAUACAACAUUGCUUUGGAAUGGCUAAAAACAUUAAUAAAAGACUGAAAACAUAAAAUUCUGUGCAUCUGUGGGGGAAA